CGUCGCCGCCUCCCAUUGGCUGCGGGCUCAGAGGGGCGGGCCGAAGCUUCCAGAAGAGCCGAGGCGGCGGAGGGGCCGCAAGAUGAAGGCGAUGGCGGAACUGGGGCCGGGCCUGGGCGGCACCGGGUCCGGACCUCCGGGCUCGGUAUCGCUGGUGGUGAGCAGCAGCCUCAGCGCCUUCUCCUCGCUGAGGCGUUACGGCACCGAGCUGAGCAUCGGCGAGCUGAAGCGCAAGCUGGAGCUGGUGGUGGGGGUCGCAGCCUCAUGGAUGGAGCUGGAGCUGCGCAGUGCCAGCGGGGAGCUGCUGGCCCGCCUGGAGCCGGACGAUGCCCUGCUGGGCGCCUUCCCUGUCAGCGACGGCUGCGGGCUGCACGUGAUUGACCGCAGCGGUGGCCGCAUGGGGCAGUUUGAGGACGUGUCCCAGGUCCCCAAAUACGAGAUGGCCGACAGCGACUACGACAAACGCACAGAGUCGGUCCGUUCCUUCCUGCGCCGGCGCCAGUGGGGCCGUUUCGACGCAGUCGCGGAGCAGCAGCGCGUGGCGGAGGAGGAGCGGCGGAGGGCAGAGGAAGCGGAGCUGGCGGCCGCCAUGAGCCCAGGCUGCCGCUGCCUCGUCAGCAUCCCUGGGCAGCCGCAGCACCGAGGCACCAUCGCCUACGUGGGGUUGACCGACUUCAAACCAGGACAUUGGGUGGGGGUCCGCUACGAUGAGCCCGUGGGGAAACACGACGGCAGCGUCGGUGGCCGCCGUUACUUCGAGUGCCCUGAGCCCUAUGGAACCUUUGUGCGGCCGCAGCGCGUCACCGUGGGGGAUUUCCCUCCAGAGGACGACGGCUUGGAUGAGCUGUGAGGGGCAACGUUUGGGGGGGGGGGCAAAACACCGGGAUUUUGGAUCAGCUUCCGCCUCCGCUCCCUUCUUGUCCUGGCGAGCGGCGAUUUUGAGUUCCGUGGUUGUUUUCCAUCCCCCCAAUGCCCCCAAAUCAGCCCUUGGCUGGGGCUGAUGCUCGCUCCCCCAAAAACCCGGCCCCAAAACCUUCAUUUCUCACCCCAAAAUGGAGCCGUUUGCAGCCCCAAAAUCCCCAUUUCUGGACCCAAAUUGGAGUCUGGGGGUCCAACCCCCCCCCUUCUCCCCCCCCCAACAAAAACCCAUCGCGGCCGCAGCCCCACAUCACCACUUUUUGCCCCAUUUUCUGCAGCCCCAAAUCCCCAUUGCCUUCAUUUCCUCCCAUUUCCCCAUUUUUCCCCUUUUUCUCCCCAUUUCUCCCCAUUUCCCCCCUUUUCCCCCCUUUCUCUCCGUUCCCUUUGCCUCCUUUCCUUCUUUUUCCCUCUUUCCCCCCCCCCCCCUUUUUUUUUAACCCGUUUUUAAUCAUUUUCUCCCAGUUUUAUUUAAUAUUUUCCCCUUUUUUCCGCGCUGUUUCGCGCCGUUUACCCGCCGGUUCCCCCUCGCUGGCCCCGCCCCUCUCAGGGGCGGAGCCUCGAAGUUAGCCACGCCCCCUCUCCCUCACCCAAUCAGCGGCGGCAUUUUCGGCUAACUGGCGCGUAGGCCGGCGGAAGCGGAAGUGACGCAGCGCAGCAGCGGCGCCGCAGCGCAGCGCGCGCCGCCCCAAUGGCCGCGGCCGAUCUCCGCCGGGAGGCCUUGGCUCUGUACCGCGCUCUGCUUCGCGCCGCCGCCUCCCGCCCGGGUUUCGCUGCGCGGAUCCGCUCCGAAUUCCGCCGCUGCGCUGCAGUUCCGCCCCGCGAUCGGCUCCGCUCGGAGCUCCUCCUGCGCCGCGGCCGCCGCCAGCUGCAGAUGCUGCGGUUGCCGAGCACCGUCCGCAUGGGCGCCUUCGGGCCCGGAUCUGCCUCCGAGACCGCUUCCGGUUCCGCGUGUGAAGGCACUUCCGGGUGUGGCUCGCAUUCCGAGCCCGGGCACACUUCCGGUUCCGGGUCAUCACACUAAUAAAGCUCAGUUUCCGCCACA